CAACAACUGCUAAAUAAGAUAAUAAUUGAAUUUUGUUUAAGAAAAUCUUCACUUUAGGUAAAUUCUUUGAUGCGAAUUUUUGGAUGUUUCAAGGUUGAAUUUUUUUUUUUGGAAAAAGUAGACAAAAGAAAAUAUCAUAAAAAAAAAUGAUGCAAUCAUCAAUAGAAAUAUGCAAAGUUUUACCAGUUAAUCGAUCUAAGGAACGCAAACUUGUUACGCAUAACGUGUUUCUUAUAAUAUCACCAUAAAUGCAUCAUUUAUUGGUUCAGUUCAUUCAUAUCUUUGUGGUAUAGUGCUGAUCAUAAUCUGAAUAUGAAGCGCUACUAGAUAAAACUGUUGAUCGCCUCUGCUUAGUAUAAUUUUGCAAUAUUUUAAGUUAAUAUCUCUUUUAUUAUAAUGUGUUUUCCUUGCUACUCAAGCAAAUUUAUAUCAGCUAUUGUGUUAUCAGUGUGCAUGCAUCUUGAGAAUAUUUUUAAAAGAUAACUUAAAUUUAGUAUAUAAAGUAUAAUUGUAAUAUUAACAUGUUCGGAUUAUUAAUAUUGAGUUUGUUUGCUGCCCUCAUCAUUUGGGAUUAUAUUUAUAAAAAAAAAAGGGAUAAUAUUUUAAGGCAAUCAAAUGUAUCCGGACCUAAAACAUUUCCAAUCAUUGGCAAUGCUUUAGAAAUGCGUAACGUAACCACGGAAAAUGUAUUCGAAUGUUCGUUAGAGAGAAAACGAAAAUACGGUAAAAUUCAUCGCUUAUGGAGUUUAAAUCAAUUAAGUAUCAUCGUAAUGGAUGUUAAUUAUAUUGAGGGCAUUUUAACAAGUCAACAAAUUAUUAAAAAAAGUAGCUUUUACGAUAUUUUAGUCGAUUGGUUGGGUCGUGGACUAGUUACUAGUACAGGCAAAAAAUGGCAUACUCGUCGUCGAAUAAUUACGCCAACAUUUCAUUUCAAAAUAUUGGAACAAUUUAUUGAAAUAUUUGAUCAGCAAUCGACUGUGCUGGUUAAAAAUAUGUUUAGUAAGGCUGACGGUAAAACUCCUAUCAAUAUUUACCCGGAGGUCAGUUUAGCUGCUCUAGAUAUAAUAACAGAAACGGCUAUGGGUGUUAAAGUUAACGCUCAAGAAAAUCCCAAUAUUGAAUAUGUUAGAGCAUUGGCCCAUGUUUGCCAAAUAAUUGGCAAACGUUUUAUUACACCAACCCAACGCUUGGAUUGGCUAUUUCGUUUAACUGCUCGGAGCGAUUAUCUCAAACUGCACGAUAAUAUAAAAAUUUUGCAUAAAUUUACUGAUGAAGUGAUACAAAAACGACGCGACGCUUUGGAGAAAGCCUUACGAGACGGAACGUAUGAAAAAAAUGCAACGGUGGAAGAUGUGGCUACUAAAAAACGCUUGGCUUUAUUAGAUGUUUUAUUAUUGUCCUCCGUUAAUGGAAGCCCUUUAAGUAACGAAGACAUACGCGAAGAAGUUGUGACAUUUAUGUUUGCCGGUCAUGAUACAACUACUAGCGCUAUGUCGUUUAUUUUAUAUUUAAUUUCUCGAUAUCCCUUAGUACAGAAGAAACUAGUUGCCGAAAUCCAAAAUAUAUUAAAUAAUGAUAAUAAUAAAUCACUUACUUAUAAUAAUCUGCAAGAGCUGAAAUACAUGGAAUGCGUUAUAAAGGAGGCAUUGCGUUUAUAUCCACCCGUAGCCUCUAUAGGACGACAAGUUACCGAAGAUGUUCUUAUAGACGAUUUAAAUAUACCAGCUGGCGCUAACGUAAGUGUACCAUUUUAUUUGGUUUUGCGCGAUCCGGAUUAUUAUGAUGAGCCCGAUAUAUUCAAACCAGAACGUUUCGAUACACCUAUUAGCCAACCACUCAAUCCAUUCGCUUUUACGCCCUUCUCGGCUGGACCGCGCAAUUGUAUUGGUAAGAAAUUUGCUAUGCUGGAAAUGAAAAGCACUAUUUCGAAAGUGUUGCGGCACUUUGAAUUGCUUCCGUUGGGACCUGAGGUGCGGACCGCCUCGCACAUUAUUACGCUUUCAGUGACCGGAGUACAUUUAGGACUUAAGCCUAGAAAAUGGUAACUGAACUGCUCCACUUUAUCGAAAUAUAAUUUUCAUCAUUUGCAUCUUUUACUAAUUGUGUUAUGGCCAAACGAAAAUGUAAUAAAAAUAAUAUUCUACAGUUAAGAUUUAUAUAUUUAAACUUGUAUUUAAUAGCU